UUUAUUUUUAGGUAAUAGAAAAUAUCGCUGGCAACACUGUUGUGACUUUUGGUUAUGGCGUGGAGAUUUCAGUUCUUUUUACGCAGUGAUGUCUAGCGUUCAGUAGUUUGGGGUGAAAUAUGAAGUUGAACAUAUCUUUCCCCGCAACGGGGUGUCAGAAAGUAUUCGAAGUCGACGAUGAACAAAAACUUCGCGUCUUCUACGACCGACGUAUGUCACAAGAAGUGUCCGCUGAUGGCUUGGGAGACGAGUGGAAGGGCUACAUAGUUCGAAUCACUGGAGGUAAUGAUAAACAAGGCUUCCCGAUGAAACAGGGUGUGCUUACUGCUGGUAGAGUUCGAUUGCUACUUGGAAAGGGCCACUCAUGUUACCGUCCCCGACGAACUGGCGAACGUAAACGUAAAUCUGUCAGAGGUUGCAUCGUUGAUGCCGGUCUCAGUGUGCUUAGUUUGGUUAUUGUGAAGAGAGGUGAGAAGGAGAUCCCCGGUCUCACCGACAACACAAUCCCAAAACGACUCGGUCCAAAACGUGCGAGUAAAAUCCGCAAGUUGUUCAUGUUGGGACCGGAUGAUGAUGUGAGAAAGUAUGUGGUGCGACGUCCACUACCAGCUAAAGAAGGAAAGCCACCAAAGACGAAAGCUCCCAAGAUCCAGCGACUCGUGACGCCACAAAGUGUGCAGAGAAAGAGACAUCGUAUUGCGAUCAAAAGAAGACGAACUGAACGCGGUCUUCAGGAGGAAGCUGAGUAUAAGAAGCUUCUCGCUAAACGACUCAAAGAACAAAAAGAGAAGAAGGCAGAAGCUCACAAGAAGCGACGUCUCUCCAGUUUACGUGCGUCACAAUCGCAAUCUGUGUCAUCACAGUAAAGUCGUUUAUUUCGACCAAACAGAAAAAUAAUAAAUUAGAAAUGAAA